AUGGCGGAUCCCCGCGAAGGCCCCCACGGGAGCCCCGGGGAGGCGACCGAGUUCCCCGGGGAUGAGAGCGGCCCCCCUGGCGGGGAGGCCUUCCCCCUGUCGUCACUGGCCAACCUGUUCGAGGGGGAGGACGGCUCCCCGUCGCUCUCGCCAGCUGAUGGUGGUCGCCCCGCCGGCCCAGGCGACGGGCGCCCAAACCUGCGCAUGAAGUUCCAGGGCGCCUUCCGCAAGGGGGUGCCCAACCCCAUCGACCUGCUGGAGUCCACCCUGUACGAGUCCUCGGUGGUGCCCGGGCCCAAGAAGGCGCCCAUGGACUCACUCUUUGACUACGGCACGUAUCGUCACCACCCCAGUGACAACAAGCGGUGGAGGAGGAAGGUCAUAGAGAAGCAGCCACAGAGCCCCAAAGCUCCCGCACCCCAGCCGCCUCCCAUCCUCAAAGUCUUCAACCGGCCUAUCCUCUUUGACAUCGUGUCCCGGGGCUCCACCGCUGACCUGGAUGGGCUGCUCCCCUUCUUGCUGACCCACAAGAAGCGCCUCACGGACGAGGAGUUCCGGGAGCCGUCCACCGGGAAGACCUGCCUGCCCAAGGCCCUGCUGAAUCUGAGCAACGGCCGCAACGACACCAUCCCCGUGCUUCUGGACAUCGCCGAGCGCACGGGCAACAUGCGGGAAUUCAUCAACUCGCCCUUCCGAGACAUCUACUACCGAGGCCAGACUGCCCUGCACAUCGCCAUCGAACGCCGCUGCAAACACUAUGUGGAGCUGCUGGUGGCCCAAGGAGCCGACGUCCAUGCCCAGGCACGGGGCCGCUUCUUCCAGCCCAAGGACGAGGGCGGCUACUUCUACUUCGGUGAGCUGCCCCUGUCGCUGGCCGCCUGCACCAACCAGCCCCACAUCGUCAAAUACCUGACGGAGAACCCACACAAGAAGGCGGACAUGCGGCGCCAGGACUCUCGCGGCAACACCGUGCUGCACGCGCUGGUGGCCAUCGCCGACAACACCCGCGAGAACACCAAGUUCGUCACCAAGAUGUACGACCUGCUGCUGCUCAAGUGCGCCCGCCUCUUCCCCGACAGCAACCUGGAGGCCGUGCUCAACAACGACGGCCUCUCGCCCCUCAUGAUGGCCGCCAAGACGGGCAAGAUUGGGAUCUUCCAACACAUCAUCCGUCGGGAGGUGACAGAUGAGGACACCAGGCACCUGUCACGCAAGUUCAAGGACUGGGCCUACGGGCCGGUGUACUCCUCACUGUACGACCUCUCCUCGCUGGACACGUGCGGGGAGGAGACCUCUGUGCUGGAGAUCCUGGUGUACAACAGCAAGAUCGAGAACCGCCACGAGAUGCUGGCCGUGGAGCCCAUCAACGAACUACUGCGGGACAAGUGGCGGAAGUUCGGGGCCGUCUCCUUCUACAUCAACGUGGUCUCCUAUCUGUGCGCCAUGAUCAUCUUUACCCUCACUGCCUACUAUCAGCCUCUGGAGGGCACUCCGCCAUACCCUUACCGCACCACGGUGGACUACCUGAGGCUGGCCGGCGAGAUCAUCACGCUCUUCACUGGGAUCCUGUUCUUUUUCACCAACAUCAAAGACUUGUUCAUGAAGAAAUGCCCUGGAGUGAACUCUCUCUUCAUCGACGGCUCCUUCCAGCUGCUCUACUUCAUCUACUCCGUGCUGGUGAUUGUCUCAGCGGCCCUCUACCUGGCGGGGAUCGAGGCGUACCUGGCUGUCAUGGUCUUUGCCUUGGUCCUGGGCUGGAUGAACGCCCUUUACUUCACCCGCGGGCUGAAGCUGACGGGGACCUAUAGCAUCAUGAUCCAGAAGAUCCUCUUCAAAGACCUUUUCCGCUUCCUGCUGGUCUACGUGCUCUUCAUGAUUGGCUACGCGUCAGCCCUGGUCUCGCUCCUGAACCCGUGUGCCAACUUGAAGGUGUGCGACAAGGACCAUGCCAACUGCACUGUGCCCACCUACCCCUCAUGCCGCGACAGCGAGACCUUCAGCACCUUCCUCCUGGACCUUUUCAAGCUCACCAUCGGCAUGGGCGACCUGGAGAUGCUGAGCAGCACCAAGUACCCCGUGGUCUUCAUCAUCCUGCUGGUCACGUACAUCAUCCUCACGUUCGUGCUGCUGCUUAACAUGCUCAUCGCCCUCAUGGGGGAGACGGUGGGGCAGGUGUCCAAGGAGAGCAAGCACAUCUGGAAGCUGCAGUGGGCCACCACCAUCCUGGACAUCGAGCGCUCCUUCCCCGUGUUCCUGAGGAAGGCCUUCCGCUCCGGCGAGAUGGUGACCGUGGGCAAGAGCUCGGACGGCACUCCAGACCGCAGGUGGUGCUUCAGGGUGGACGAGGUGAACUGGUCUCACUGGAACCAGAACUUGGGCAUCAUUAACGAGGACCCGGGCAAGAACGAGAGCUACCAUUACUACGGCUUCUCACACACCGUGGGCCGCCUUCGGAGGGAUCGCUGGUCCUCGGUGGUGCCCCGCGUGGUGGAACUGAACAAGAAUUCCAACCCUAACGAGGUGGUGGUGCCUCUGGACAACGUGGGGAACCCCAGCUGCGAUGGCCACCAGCAGAGUUACCCCCGCAAGUGGAGGACUGACGACGCCCCGCUCUAG